AAUGGCUAUGAAAAUAAUUAACGGCCCGCGGUCAAGCACAGUAGAGGAAAUAGAUAAAUAUCGCUCGGCACCGUAAAAGAAAUACAUUGUAACGUUGCACCGACUUUAUCGACGUCGUACUCAUCGUUCGACGCAACUCGAACGACCGUUAACAGAAGCAGAUUUUCGACAGCAUCUGGCAUCAAUAUCUUUAUUUAGCGAGAGAAUCGAGAUCACAUCGAGACUUCAAUUGGUUCUAGAUGCGCGCGUACCUGUUGAUGAUUCUGUUCUUCGUGAGCACCGUUUCAGCACGUGCUCGAAGUAGAAGGGAUAUCGAUAAGACAGCGAUAGAUCUUCUAACCGACAAUAAUCAGGAAGCUAAUCAUGAAGGAAUUAUCACAAAAAGGAGCGUGGAAAUAUCAAAAAUUUGGUCGACAUUUUGUAACUUCAUACAAAAAUGUUUUUCUACAUUUUUCUUACUUCCUAGUGAUAUAAUUACGAAAGUAAUAAAGGUGUUCUUUGACGAUGCAAAAUCUUUUUUGAGAAAAUUUGAAAAGAUAAUUUCUUAAAUCAAUAUUCUCUUAAACUGACAAUGCCAAAUGUACUUUUCACACCCUGAUAAACAGAGACAAAGUCUAUGCUAUUCGUUGUUCAGUCGUACUGUUAACAAAAAUGAAAAAAUUAGUCUGAUCCAUCGAAAAGUGUACUGCUUGAAAAUAAAGGUUCCUUUAACCUAU